UUGACUGACAAACAUGGCGAGUGGUAGCAGUGAGGACGGUGGAGCCCUACGUCGAGAUGGUAGUGUUCGAUCCCUUUCAUCGUAUCAUUGACAUCGUGGCACGCUGGCCUGGGUCCACACACGGCUCGAGAUUCUUGUCUCAGAGUGGCCUCUUCCGGUUGAUGGAGGGUAACAACUUGCUAGCUGGGUGUCACCUCCUCGUCGACAGCGGUUAUCCGUCCAGACGCUGGUUGCUUACUCCUUUCCUACGCCCACAACCAGGCUGUCAGACUAACUACAAUCGGGCACGGCGAGACCAGCCGAUUGGGCCGAAUUGGGCCUAUUCUACCACCUGCCUAGGCAAAAACUUCAGUCUCAAGUAAAAACUUCUCUUUCUAUGACUACUGAGGAAGUUGCUGAGGCUGAUGCUGAUUGUGAUGCUGAUAGUCAUGCCGAUGAUGAUGAUGAUGAUGAUGAUGAUGACUGUCCACCUGCGAUGUAGGAUAAGACAUCUCACACCCUCUUGAACUGGAUCUAACUCUCUGAAACACAGAUGUAGUUUAUCAAUGUUGUAUUCGUCAAAAUAUAUAUUUACUUUUAAA